AUGGCAGGGGACAUAGAACCGUGGUUGAUGGUCUUCGAUUUGAACGAGUUACGAAAAUGGUCGGUCGAGGAGGUAAGAAGGGUUUUAUGGUGGUCGAGCGAGUUGGGUUUUGUAAAGGUGAGUAACAUUGAGUUUGGCGAGGUCUGUUUUGCCAAAAGAGAGCAAGCUGUUAGGUGGUUGUGUGGGUCGGUGCAGAGUGGCCAUCUUGUAAGAGACAAGAUGAUGGAGGAGUUAUGGGUUUAUGAGUGGAGUUUAGUCACGAAUUAG